CCGGCGUGCCUUUACCUCCUCUUGCGCUCUCAUGUUAAUGGCGGGUGGCGUCUGCUGAGGAGAACGCGAAUAACCGCUCCCGGCACAGGGAAAGUCUCCCUGCCUGCCCCAUUUCCUCUCGCCGCCAGUAUUCGAGCUAGUCAGCAUGUCCGUGGUGCCGCCCAAUCGCUCACAAACCGGCUGGCCCCGAGGGGUCAACCAGUUCGGCAACAAGUACAUCCAGCAGACGAAGCCCCUCACCCUGGAGCGAACCAUCAAUCUGUACCCUCUUACCAAUUAUACUUUUGGUACAAAAGAGCCCCUCUAUGAGAAGGACAGCUCUGUUGCAGCCAGAUUUCAGCGCAUGAGGGAGGAAUUUGAUAAAAUUGGAAUGAGAAGGACCGUAGAAGGGGUUCUGAUUGUCCAUGAACACCGGCUACCACAUGUGUUACUGCUGCAGCUGGGCACAACUUUCUUCAAAUUACCUGGUGGUGAACUUAACCCUGGAGAAGAUGAAGUUGAAGGACUAAAACGCUUAAUGACAGAGAUACUGGGUCGUCAAGAUGGAGUCCUGCAAGACUGGGUCAUUGAUGACUGCAUUGGUAACUGGUGGAGACCAAAUUUUGAACCUCCUCAGUAUCCGUAUAUUCCUGCACAUAUUACAAAGCCUAAGGAACAUAAGAAGUUAUUUUUGGUUCAACUUCAAGAGAAAGCCUUGUUUGCAGUCCCUAAAAAUUACAAGCUUGUAGCUGCACCAUUGUUUGAAUUAUAUGACAAUGCACCAGGAUAUGGACCCAUCAUUUCCAGUCUCCCUCAGCUUCUGAGCAGGUUCAAUUUUAUAUACAACUGAAUUCCUGCACAGUGGAGAAGUAAAAGAAGCCGUCUCUGUGAGCACAGCUAUAACACAUUGUAGAAUAAACAUGGUAGACAAGGUUUUUUUUGGUUUUGUUUUGUUUUGUUUUUUAUCUCUUCCCCAAUCCCUAAAUUGCUACCUACUUUCUGUUUGAAUAGUAAAGUUAAUAUGAAGAACUAGAUAGUGGUGUAAACAAAUGUGAUAAAGUUUAAUUUACUUUUGGUUCUACUCCUACUUUUUGUACAACAUUAAAGAGUAUGGACUUCUUUCUAUUUGUAUUUUUGUUUUUCACAUUAAACUUGGAAAAUUCUUACA